AUGGCCGACACGCCUCCCGUUCGACGCUCAGGCCGUAAGCGCAAGGUCAACACUAGGUAUGCAGGAGCCGACUGGGAUCGCGAUGCACUUCGGAGGAUUCGUGCAACCUCUACUUCGUCAGGAUCUUCACCGAGCGAUAGCGGCAACAAUCUCGAGCCAUCUGACGACGUUGACUUCUACGGAGGCAGGGAUGACGGCACUCUGGUCGACUCUUUGGUACACGGACCCAGUCGGGAGGACUCUGCUCCCAUAAGGCACGUUCGAUCGAUCUGGCUGCGAGGGCGAGACGCCACGUUGCCCAGCCGAACAACUCUACUCAAUCCGGAAGCGUCCUUUAUGCAUCUUGUGGAAGCAGAUCAGAAGCGAGCAGCAGAAAUGGUCCUGGCCGAGCCGGAAGGUUUCGAACUCGAAUCGAAGACAGAAGAAGAACGCAGCACGAUGGUAUCUUAUCUCGACCAUCAGUGUGAUCUCGACGAUGCACAAUUGUCGCAGCUUGAUUCGAGGCAGAGGCUUACAGAGAUCGACAAAAACACUGCCACUGGUCGAAGGUACAUAGCCGCAGCCAAUGCUCAUACCGUCAUCGCUGGACCGCUGCAUUCACAGCGGGCAUGUGUUGUCGAUGCCCUCGGUUUUCACCCUCUUCAGACGUCAGCAAAUCCAGACGAGAACAGCGGUUGGCUCAUCAACAUCGGAGGAAGUGCUCAAUGCGCGGCAUGGGCACCCAGACCUGCGAGAAGCAUCCGGCGCGUCAAUGUCACGGUCUUUUGGUCAGCCGUCCACAAGCCACCCAUGCAGCGUGCAGAUGUGGCUUUCCAAGGCAGAGCCGCCACAAAAGAUGAUCUUCUAGACCUCGACACUGAGAGUCCGCCACGACUUGUACAAGUCAUUGGUAUUAAUGCCGGCGACGUGCAAGAGUUGAAGUGGGCACCCACAAGCAGCCGCAUCACAGACGUAGACCUACCACAUCUCCUCGCGGUCUUGUCUACAGACUCACAUCUCCGGAUAUUGGCUUGCGAUCUCUCUGGCGAAAGUUAUGAAACAACAUGGCUUGAGCUCUCAACGCCUGUCGUUGACAUUUCGCCGCCAACCAGUGUAGGAACUACACCUACGAUCACAGGCGAAGAUCCCGUCUUCAGCACCUUUGCUUGGCUCUCCUCACACGAGCUCAUCCUCGGCACGCACACAGGCGCCAACAGAUCAAGCAGUCACCCACCUCACACCCUACCAAACACUAUCUCCCCACCAGACCUACAUCACAGCGUAGCGCCCGCCCUCCCACUGUUUCCACCGACCCACCGCUUCAACGCCACCUCGUCCGCCGCCUGCGACCUCAAUCUCAUCACCCUCACACCCGCCCACCCCUCCGCCACCGUCCAUACCCACUACCAACGCCUCCCCUCCCUCCUCCUGACCUACUCUCCCUACACGCGCUCCUUCAUCACCAUCUACCCAAUCGGUCCCAUCCGCUCCGCUACCACGAACCACACCAUCGACGACCCUCCGGGCGAGAGCACCUCCACGCCGACAUUGAUCGCACACCACCUCCGCCGCUUCACCAGCACUGCGCAGCAGCUCGCCCAUCUGCCGCUGUAG